CCAUAAUCAGAAACACGUUCUUUUCGAAUUCUUAAAUCUCAGUAUCACUCUCUUUCUGAAUUAAUUAUUCAUAUUUCUCUGCAAAUAAGAAGGAAAAAAAACAAAGAGAAAAUAUGUUACCAGAAUCAUGCGUAGCCAAUAUAAUUUCCUUCACAUCUCCGGCCGACGUAUUCUCGUCUACGGCUGUCUCUUCGGUUUUCCGACUAGCCGGAGACUCAGAUUUUGUAUGGGAAAAGUUUCUACCGUCAGAUUACAAAAGCCUCAUCUCUCAGUCCACUGAUCAUUAUCAAAAUUUCUCAUCCAAAAAAGAGAUUUAUCGAUGUUUCUGUGAUUCCGUCCUCAUCGAUAAUACUCGAAAGCUUUUCAAGAUCAAUAAAUUUUCUGGAAAAAUUUCAUAUAUUUUAUCAGCAAGAGAUAUUUCUAUAACUUCCAGCGACCAAGCAUCCUACUGGUCUUGGAGCAAUGUCUCAGAUUCUAGAUUUUUGGAAUCAGCUGAACUUAUAACAACGGAUCGGUUAGAAAUUAACGGUAAAAUCCAAACCGGAGUUUUAUCACCAAACACAAGAUACAGAGCAUAUCUCAUUUUGAAAGUAACUAAACAGGCAUUCGGACUAGACCUAGUUCCGGCUGAGACUUGGAUUAAAUCCAAAAAUGGUAAAAUUGUUAAGAACACAACUUAUCUAUGUUGCUUAGAUGAGAAGAAACAACAAAUGAAGCGGCUGCUUUAUGGAAACCGAGAAGAACGAAUGGCGAUGACCGUGGAUGCCAUCUGUGGGGACGGGAAAAGGAGGGAGCCAAAAGGUAGAGACGACGGGUGGAUGGAGAUUGAGUUAGGAGAGUUUGAGACACGACAAGGUGAGGAUGAUGAAGUCAGUAUGAGUCUCACGGAGGUGAAAGGGUAUCAAUUAAAAGGUGGGAUUGUGAUUGAUGGGAUUGAAGUGAGGCCUAAAUCUCUGAAUUAGGACCAAGAUGAGAAUGGAAUCCGAUGGUCUAAUUAUAUUUUUAUAUAAAAUAUGAGAGAAGAAAAUGAUAAAACCUUUUAGCACAAAAAAAAAUAAUAAGAGAGAAAGCAAAAGGGUUGUGUGAAGAAAUUGAUUUAUUUAUUCAUUAUUAUGCGCAUGUUGAAGAAUAUAUGACACUCAAUUCUUUGGUUAGUUUGUAGAUUUCGUCUCAGCGUGUGUAA